UCAGAGCAGUAGGUAAAAGGGUGAGAGGACUCAUCAUGGCGUUUCAACCUGAAAAAGACUUAACAUGUCCAGUUUGUCAGGACAUCUUCAAAGAUCCGGUCGUGCUGACCUGCAGCCACAGCCUUUGUAAAGAGUGUGUGAGUAGCUGGUGGACAGAGAAGCCCUUACAGGAGUGUCCAGUUUGUAAGAGAAGAGCUUCCAGGAGUGAUCCCCCACUGAACCUGGCUCUGAGGAACCUGUGUGAGGCCUAUCUACAGCAGGAGCAGAAGAAGGAGCAUAUGUGCCCACUGCACUCAGAGACAUUCAAACUGUUCUGUGUGUCUGACCAGCAGCCUGUCUGUGUGGUGUGUAGAGACUCUGAAACUCACAGGGACCACCAGGUCAGACCCAUCGAUGAAGCCACAAAACGAUGCAAAGAGGAUCUGCAGACGGCUCUGAACCCUUUGAAAGACCAACUGGAACUUAUGGAAGAAUUCAAAGAAAACUGUGAAAUAUCUUUGGCUCACAUUAAAACCCAGACAAACCACACAGCCAGACUGAUCGAAAAAGAGUUUUUAAAGCUGCAUAACUUCCUUGCAGAACAAGAGGAGUCGAGGAUUAAGGCCCUGAAGGACGAAGAAGAACGAAAGACUCAGAGGAUGAAGGACAAGAUAGCAGCUGUGAGUACAGAGAUAGAAACUCUGUCAGAAACUAUCAGAGCCACAGAGGAGGAGCUCAGAGCCACAGACAUCUCCUUCCUGCUCAAAUACAAGGCUGCAGUGGAGAGAGUGCAGUGCUGCCCUCUGCUGGAGGAACCACAACUGGACCCAGGAGCUUUGAUAAACCAGGCCAAACAUCUGGGCAACCUGGUCUUCAACAUCUGGACCAACAUGAAGAAACUGGUGGAGUACAGGCCUGUGGUUCUGGAUCCUAACACGGCUCACCCAGAACUGGUCGUGUCUGAUGAUCUGAGCAGUGUACAAGCUGGAGCGGAACAUGUGCUUCCUAAAAACCCUGAAAGAGCUCGGGUUGAACUGCCAUUAGUUCGUGGUUCAGAGGGGUUCAACUACGGCUCUCAUAGUUGGGAAGUUGAGGUUGAAAGUAAAACCUGGGGACUUGGUUUGGUGACAGAAUCAGUUUUCCAUAACACCGACGAUCAUGCUGACCCGGCUGUUGGAUGGUAUGGAAUUGAAUUUCAGGAUGGCCAGUAUGAACUUUUCAACCUACACAGUAAAAAGGAAAUACUUGUGAAAUCAAAGUCAAGUCCUCGGAGAAUAAUGGUUCAUCUGGACUGCACCAAACGUAAAGUGACUUUUUAUGACGCUGACACUAACACUCGCAUCCACUCCAUCUCCAAAAUUAGCCAAGACAAACUGUUUCCAAUCUUUGGCUCUGGUGGUCCAAUGUCCAUUCUGCCUCGGAAAAUACAGUACAGUACAUCCCAAACAUUUAGCAGGUGUAAAUUUUAUUCUGUCUGA